AGAAAAGAAAAACAAAGGCAUGAGAGUCAAAACCCUAAUAAAAUUCAGAGGGAAAGAGAAGAGAGUGGGUUUUCAUUUCACGUCUGACUGAGCGUGUUGGAGUUGGACAUGGAGGUAGAGGACAGUUGGCCAAAUAAAUUACUUGCCCAAAGACAGGUGAGCCUCAUUACUCCAUCCAAGCGUGACAGUUGGGUGACUACAUAUCGACCGACCUCUCUCUUAGCCUAUUAACCUUCACUUCUCUUCUUUCACUAUAUAACACAACACAGCAUGCUUUCGUUUUACUUGUGCACUACGAGUGUAAGAGAGAGCUUCAUUUUGAUCAAGUAGCUUCAUUUUGGGCUAAGCAAAUUAUCAAAUAUGAGGGUCAUUUUAUCAGCUGGUUGUGUUGUGGUUGCUAUCUUAUGUGUUUUUCUUGUGAGUGGUUUGGCUGUGGCGGAUGAUGAUGCUAAGGUGGUUAAGGAUGAUAAGCACUUAUUUCCACAUCCCCACCCACCUCUUUUUAAGGGAGGAGGUCUUGGGCAUGGGAUUUACAGGAAGGGGUUUAGGCAUGGAAGGUUUGGUAGAGGUGGAGUUGGUGGAGGCAUUGGCGGUGGGGGUGGUCUUGGCGGAGGUGGAGGUCUAGGAGGUGGAGGUGGGUUAGGAGGUGGUGGUGGUCUAGGUGGGGGUGCAGGAGGUGGGUUAGGAGGUGGUGGUGGCCUUGGUGGGGGUGCAGGAGGUGGGUUAGGAGGUGGUGGUGGUCUAGGUGGGGGUGCAGGAGGUGGGUUAGGAGGUGGUGGUGGCCUUGGUGGGGGUGCAGGAGGUGGGUUAGGAGGUGGUGGUGGUCUAGGUGGGGGUGCAGGAGGUGGGUUAGGAGGUGGUGGUGGCCUUGGUGGGGGUGCAGGAGGUGGGUUAGGAGGUGGUGGUGGUCUAGGUGGAGGUGCAGGAGGUGGUGGUGGUGCUGGGGGUGGCUUAGGAGGAGGAGCUGGAGGUGGUUUAGGUGGUGGUGUUGGUGGGGGCGGAGGUCUUGGAGGAGGUGCUGGCGGUGGAGGUGGGUUUGGGGGUGGUGGUGGGGUAGGCAGUGGCGCUGGAGGAGGCUUUGGAGCUGGUGGAGGUGUUAGCAGUGGAUUAGGCGGUGGUGGAGGAGGUGGAUUUGGUGGAGGAGGUGGUUUUGGUGCUGGUGGUGGGGCUGGCUUUGGCGGUGGAGCUGGAAUCGGAGCUGGCGGUGGCCACUAAUUCAAGUGCAAUCAUGAUAUGAACAUUAGUUUUCCGCUGCAACUUAAUUUAGAGAAAUGAAUUAAUUUCUAGCUAUAUAUUAUUUGCUUCGUAUGUUCCUAUCAUGAAUGUACGUAAUGUGUUAAUAGGAGGGGUACUAUUAAUUUGCAGCUUUAGUAAUCAGUAUUAUUCUUUCAUCUUAUUAUAAUUAAUUUCCUUCAAUUUCUUA